AUGGUCAUCCCGCGCACGCGUCAUCGUUCACAAUCCCCUGAUAGACGCGAACGUGCAUACCAUCUCGGCGUGCCACCCAACCAUCUGCACCCAUCAGCCUCUGCGUCUGGUCUGGGAGUCUCGUCUCUGGGCAGCUCUGGCAUCUCGCCUUUUCCUGGACACAACGCGGGCGGAAAUGCAGUGGGUGCCCCAGGGCCACUUCCUGCACCUGGCCAGGUGCCGACAUAUGAAAUGUUUAAUGGGACGCUGACGACUUCUGUGGCACCGAGUCGUGCAAGCCAUGUCAAUAGAUCAGAAGUAAUAAAUAUAUUUCAUAUUCUAUUCUAA